AUGAAACAACCACCAGGGUUUGUCAGUGAAGAGUUUCCUCACAAAGUUUUUCAUUUGAAGAAAAGUUUGUAUGGAUUAAAACAAGCACCAAUGGCUUGGUUUCAGAAGUUUAGCUCAGCUUUAAUUUCUUAUGGUUUUCUUAGAACAGUUUCAGAUUUUUCUAUGUUUGUUUAUCAUAAAGGUUCAGAUAUGAUGAUUCUUUUACUUUAUGUUGAUGACAUCAUUUUAACUGGUUCUUCAACUAUUUUACUUGAUCAUUUGGUUCAGUACUUGAGUUCAGUUUUUGCCAUGAAACAAUUAAGAGAUUUACAUUACUUCUUAGGCAUAGAAGCUGUGAGAACAUCAACUGAAAUUAUGCUUACUCAAAAGAAAUAUACAGUUGAGCUGUUAGAAAAAGCUAAUAUGACAGAAUGUCAUCCUUGUACUACUCCAGUAGCUAAAGGGACUAUAAUUUCUAUUCAUGAAGGAACUCUAUUGAUAGAUGCAACUCAUUAUAGAAAUAUUGUUGGGAUGUUACAAUAUUUAUGUCUUACAAGACCAGAUAUCUGUUUUUGGGUCAAUUAUGUUAGUCAGUUCAUGCAUGCUCCAACAGAUGUGCACAUGUUGUUAGUUAAAAGGAUUUUAAGAUAUCUAAAGGGUAUUAUUGGAUAUGGUAUAUCUCUAAGAAAAGGUGAUAUUGCUCAGCUUACUGCUUAUAGUGAUUCUGAUUGGGGUAAUUGUCCAGAAACUGCAAGGUUUAUAGGUGGAUAUGCUAUUUUUUGGGGUAAUUCUUUAAUAUCUUGGUAUAGUAAGAAACAACCUACUGUUUCAAGAUCUACAACUGAAGCAGAAUAUAAAAUCUUGUCUGUUGCUACUGCUGAGUUAGAAUGGUUGUCAUCUCUUUUUAGUGAGAUGCAUUUUUCACAGACUUUGCCUAUUUCCUUGUAUUGUGAUAAUACAAGUGCUAUAUAUCUUUUAGAUAAUCCCGUUUCUCAUUACAGGACCAAACAUAUAAAAAUUCAUUAUCAUGCAGUGAGAGAAUUGAUAGAAAGUGGUUUUAUUAAAGUUCAACAUAUAACAUCUGAGAAGAAGUUAACAUAUUUGUUUACAAAAGGUUUGUGUGCUCCCGUGUUCUCUUUACUUCUUCAACAGUUACUGGGUUCUUCUCUGGAUGUUGCUAUACACAGUGAUGCUUCUACUACAGCCAAUGGUUCUACUUCAACAACUGCUGAUGCUUCAGAAAAUGUUUCUACUUCAACAACUGCUGCCAUUACUUCUACUUUUUCUUCUGCUGCAAUUGAUAAGGAUAAUUCCUCUGCAAAAGUGUUAGCUUGUUGUGUCUGA